AUGAGCGCGCGUUUCCGCAAUUACCCCGAGCCCCGUGAGGGCCCGUCCGUGCUGUACAAACACGAGGAACUAUCCCUUCCCGUCCUUCGAGGUCCAAUUCUGUCCCUUAGCGCGACAAUUAUUCAUUACUUGGACUUUCUCCAGAGCAUCUUCUGGCGCCAAGGUGGGUUGAAUAUCGCGCGCGGCAUCAAGGAUCUCGACCACUACACUCCUCGAUUCGAUCCAACCGUGACUCCCAUCCUGGAUGACGCGUCGUUAUCAUCCAAACCAGUCGAGCUGCCUGUCCCGACGAAGCGCCGGAACGGCGAUAAUUUGGGAUUCUACACCUCUGCGGAUUAUCAUGCGCGCUACCUUUCUGGUGAACUGACACCCUCGGCGGUGAUUGAGGCAUUGCUUCCUUUGAUCCGGCGGGACACCAAUCCGCCAGGGAAGCAUUCAACGGCCUUUCUUGAGUCUCAAGUUGAUGCCAUCCGGGCGGCGGCAGAGGCCUCAACUCAGCGUUACAAAAGCGGCAAGCCGUUGGGCCCAUUGGACGGUGUCCCGGUAGCUGUGAAGGAUGAGGUCCAUCUUAAAGGGUAUGCGAGAAAACUUGGUAGUAAGAUUGACUUCAAGCACGGUAUCGAAGAGACAUCGUGGUGCGUCAGGAAGUGGGAAGAGGCUGGUGCCAUUGUUGUGGGGAAGACGACUAUGCAUGAAAUAGGAAUUGAUACCACCAACAACAAUUCCAACUACGGCACUCCCAGGAACCCGUACAACCCGGACUACUACUGCGGCGGAUCAUCAGGAGGAUCGGGUUAUGCUGUCGCGGCGGGACUGGUGCCUAUCGCGCUGGGCGCAGACGGUGGAGGAUCGAUUCGAAUCCCGGCCUCUUUCUGCGGCAUCUGGGGUCUGAAACCUAGUCAUGGGAGAGUCUCUGCAGCGCCAACACCGAGUCUGGCUCACAGUGUCGGAGUCUAUGGGCCCAUGGCGGCUAGUAUUGAUGAUCUCGCUUUGGCCUACCGCGUUAUGGCGUCUCCAGCGCCGGCCCAAGACGACGCCUUGUCCUCCGGCUUUCCAGAUCCGUUGACCACCAUUCUCUCUCCGUCCGCGGAAUCGAGCAGGGCGAAGACGAUUGGUCUCGUGCGGCCCUGGAUUGACCGCGCAGAGCCCACUGUCCGGGCAUUCUUUGACGCCGCCGUGGAGUUCUACCGCAACCAAAGGGGAUAUACGGUCGUCGACAUUGAGAUCCCAUAUCUUUCUGAGGGCCAGCGUGCACACGCGCUCACCAUCCUGAGCGAGAUUGCCGCGGGGAUUGAUCCCUCUGACGUUCGUCACCUUCUGCCCCACAGCAAGUUGCUCAUCGCCGUCAGCGGCAGCAAGGCUACCAGUCAGGAUUACAUUGCGUCGCAGAAGCUGCGACAGCUCCUCAUGUCGCAUCUGGCACAUCUCUUCAAGCGCUAUCCCGGCCUCAUCAUCAUGACCCCGACGACCCCGAUUCCCGGGUGGAAGAUCGCAGGCGGUGAGAAAGACCUGACGCACGGUGUGUCCGAUGGCAGUGCCUCGACGCGAAACAUGGAGUACUCGUGGCUGGCCAACUUUACCGGCUGUCCGGCCAUCAGCUGUCCUGCAGGGUAUGUCCGCGGGACCAACAUGCCGGUGGGCAUCAUGGGGAUGUCCGAAUGGGGCAGCGAGGAGGCCCUGAUCGCGUUUGCCAGGGACGGUGAGGGUAUCUUAGACCUCGACAUUGGAGCUUCUUCCACCACUGGUUCUAGUGCUGCUGCCGCCGCUGCUGCUGAAGAUGCAGUGGUGGUCGGCAAGGGACUAAGAACACCACAUGAAUCACGCUGGGUUGACAUCAUUGCUGAGGCAAAGAGGAAUACAUAG